AUGCUGCACUCCGUUGCCAUGACAGCAGAGGUUCUCUUUGUUCUCUGGUUCCUGAUGAGUGGUGUUGGGAGUAAUCCUAUAACGACCUUACCAGUUAGCCGUGAACGUCUGGAAAGGGUGUUAACCCAGGCCAGAGAGGACAAAGCGGUCCCCAAGCUGCUACAGCCUGAGGACAACGAAACUUUAGGCCUGAACAGGACUGGCACGAGCCGCGCCAGGUCUAACCUCAGCGCCUAUAGCCGAGGAUCUAAGGGUGGGAAGUCCCAAGAGCUUUGGACUGAGCAAGACAACAUUAAACAAAUAGAUGUGGGCCCCACAAGUGACAUCACCCUGUCUUUGGAAGCCAUUGACGAAUAUGCCUACCCAGACUACAGGGGUAAAGGCUGCAUGGAUGAGAGCGGUUUUGUAUUCGCAAUCGGUGAUCAGUUCACCCCAGGCCCGUCCACAUGCCCUUGCCUCUGUACAGAUGAAGGUCCACUAUGCAACAAGCCAGAUUGUCCCAGGUUGCACCCUCGCUGCAUUAAAGUGGACACAAGUCAAUGCUGCCCGCUGUGCAGGGAGAAAAAGAACUACUGCGAAUUUCGGGGAAAGAUCUACGCCUCUCUAGAGGAGUUUAAGGUCUCCCCAUGUGAAAAAUGUCGAUGUGAGCCAAGUGGAGAGGUGUUGUGUUCUGUUUCGGCAUGCCCUCAAACAGAAUGUGUGGACCCGGAAUAUGAGCCGGAUCAGUGCUGUCCAAUCUGCAAGAGUGGACCCAACUGCUACGCAGACACAACAGUGAUACCGGCUGGACGAGAGGUGAAAAUUGAUGAGUGUACCAUCUGCUACUGCACAUACGAAGAGGGCACCUGGCAGAUCGAACGCCAGGCCACCUGCAGUAAGAACGAAUGCCAGCGCGCUCAGCAGGCCCCUCUGGCUCCCAAGCGAGAUGACACCCCCCUUUUGGAUCCAUGCAGCUGGCAGUUGAGUGCUGGAGCAAAAAUCCGUCAGAACUGUAUUGACUCUCGGCAUGUGGCCCCUACACUGUGGGCAGCCCCCUAUGACAAGGAAAGCUUGAAAACAGCCUCAAGGCUGCCUAACAAAGAGUCUGGGUUUAUGGAGGAUAGCUGGGGAAAAUGGCGGCAGCUGAGUCUGACCACACUCGAAGUUGAAGACAUCGAGGAUGUGUAUCUUUUCGUUGCGCUGCUGGCUGCGAUUCUUCUGCAGGGGCUCGGAGCCCACUUGAUUCGUCGGAUCGUCAUGAAAGUGCUGGAAAGCCAAAGGAGAUCAGUAGACUUAUCCACUACAGACGUGAGCUCUAUUGCUGGAGUGCAUGCCAGCCUCAACAAGGCCUGUGAUGAUAUAUCACAGGUGAAGAACGACCUGGCUGCGUCCAGCACUGCCACAGCCAGAAUGGUAAUGAAAAUUACUUCGGAGCGGCGCAACUUGGAUAUGGGUGUUCGUUGGAGUGCAGCAAGGAAUGAAGACCGUGAUGAGGAUUAA